GUGGCCAUGGUGCUGGUGCUGCUGGUGGCCAUCCCUCUGCUGGUUCACACCACCAAGGCAGGGGGCAGCGGCGCGGGGAGCACGCACUACGAGAUGUUAGGCAGCUGUAAGAUGGUGUGCGAUACCUUCACCCCACCACAGGGGGAGCUCACGGCCGUCUCGCCCCUACCCCCGGACUAUUCGAACCGCAGACCUAAACCGGGCUUCAGAGGCAGUCCAGGAUUGCCGGGACCCCCGGGACCCAAAGGACCCCCCGGAGACCCCGGUAAGCCUGGCCCGCCCGGCCCCCCAGGCCCCGGGUCAGGGGGUUACGGUCAGUCUGUGUACAGCCCCAAAAUCGCCUUCUAUGCCGGGCUGAGGAAGCAGCACGAGGGCAGUGAGGUCCUGAAGUUUGACGAUGUUGUUACGAAUGUGGGAAACUACUACGAGCCGAGCACUGGGAAGUUCACCUGCCCCCUGCCGGGCAUUUACUACUUCACCUACCACGUCCUGAUGAGAGGGGGCGACGGUACGAGCAUGUGGGCUGACCUGAAGAAGAACGGACAGGUGCGAGCCAGUGCCAUAGCUCAGGACGCAGACCAGAACUACGACUACGCCUCCAAUAGUGUGAUCCUCCACCUGGACGUAGGAGACGAGGUCUGUGUGCAGCUCGACGGAGGAAAGGUCCACGGCGGAAACACCAACAAAUACUCCACCUUCUCCGGUUUCCUCAUCUACCCAGACUGA